UUUACUGACCCAAAUUCAGGGAGCUCCUGAAGGCAGCACGAGCAAAGGGAAAAACAGAGCGUGGUCACGUGACCGUGGAAAAGGAAAGCGAGUUUGGUCGCCGCACGUAGUGUGUUGUGUUUCCCGGGAAGCUCUCUGUCUCUCUGUCUGUCAUUCAUUCACUCGUUUUCUCACUCACUCUCUCACUCAUUCACUCUGUCUCUGUCUCUCACUCAUUCACUCUCUCACUCUGUCUCUGUCUCUGUCUCUGUCUCUCUCACUCCAUGGUUCUCCAUGUUACACUCCAGCCAGACAGCCAGGAGAGGAAGCCUAAAGCACUGCUAGGAUGAUUCUACGCAACUGGAAAUGCCCCAAAACCCCAGAUCUGAAAGACUGGAUGGAUGGGAUGAUUGAAAUCGCAUCAUAUGAGAGCAUGCUGGGGAGACUGCAUAAUAAAGGGGAAAUGAAAAAAACAUGGGAUCAUUUCUGGCAGCACAUUAAAAUGGGGGAGAAUAUGACCUUGUGGAUCUGAUUCCCAGUUAAUAUGAGGAUACUGUCCCUGCUAUAUGUUUAUUUUAUGGUUCUCAGCACUCAAGGAAUUGUUUCGGUCCCGGCACCAGUAAAUGUUAAAGUCUUGUCGAACAACUUCAUUCACAUCUUGCAGUGGAGUCCAGGAAAAGGGACACAACCAGGAACAGUCUACAAUGUGAAUGUUGGUGUUAAUCAGGCACUUAGCAUCAGUGGUACAUCUAUUGACAUCUCUGAAUACAUGAAACAUAUAUACCUAAGAUACAAGAUCCAGCUUUGGGCGUCAUUUGGCAACAGCUCAUCGUCUAGAGUCAGCAUUCAUUUUUCGCCAUACACAAGCACCAUUAUUGGGCCUCCCACGAUAUCUCUGUCUGGCUGUGGUGACUGCCUGAAUAUCAGCAUUGAUCUACCAAAUCGCCCAGGUGCCCAUGACAGCUUUUACAAUGCUAUAUAUUUUGACAUAUGGUGGAAGAAAGUCAGCGAUGAAAAGGAUGUUUGCCACAGUCCACUUACUGAUUACCAGAGUAAACAUUUUAUGCCAUAUUCGUUCAUUCUGCGAAAUCUUCAGCCGGGCGAGCGCUACUGUGUGCAAGCCCAGCCAAAGAUCAACACUUUACAAAGAAAUAAAUCACUGCACUCCUGCGCCUGUGAAUUCUCCAGUCGAAUAGAGCCCAGGGGGGUAGCGUUCCUGGCUGUUUGGGUUGUCGGCUCUGUAAUUGUGGGAUUGUGUUUUCUGAGUUUCAUAUUCAGCCUCGUCUACACUGGCUUUCUGUGCAAGCCAAACGUCAGACUUCCCAAAGCACUGAUUGUUAUUGUUCCUGGCUACUUCCUUUCCCCAGAGGAAACGUGUAUAUCAGUAGCUGAUGUCGAGUAUGGCAUACAAAUACACAAGCCCAAAGAUCAUCCCCACAAGAAAAAGGAAAAAGAAAAUGGUCUCUAUAAGCAGAACAGUGAUGAUGUAGAUGAGGAUGAUGAUGAAGACGAAGAGAGCCACCAGGGCUACAUGGACCGAGCAGUUGACAGUGAGUCAGAGAGCACCGGCAGCAGGAGAUCAGCAUCUGUUUGUGAACUUGCAGAGAAUCCGGAGGGAGGUAGCUUCGAGGACACACCCACAGAUGCCAAGGAGACUUUAUCGCUCUCUCAGCUUCAGUACGAUGGGGUCAAAGGUUACAACCAAGCAGCUUUGCUUGAUCCAGUUACGAAAAACUUAAAUCCUCCUAAUGCAAAAGAAGGGAAAAAAUUAGGAGGACAAAUGAAGGAAGAAGAAGAUGAAGGAGAAGAAGAUUCUGGGAAUGUUAAGCUGUGGUCAGUGGUAUUGAAGUCCAUGCAGCCGGAGGAAGAGGAGGCUGAUGAACCGAGUGAAGCCAAAGAGCCUCUGUUACCUUUAUUACUAAAAGAAUUACAAGAAGAUUCGCUCACAGCAGCAAAGCCACAGGCAGGAAGCUCUUCAGAACUUCACACAGCUCUUUUAUUCCACACACAGACAGAAUUACAGACCAGUCAAGAAGACGAAAAUGACAUUUCAGACACAAGUGUGUGUGACCACAUGCGAACAGGAUACCUGGCGUCACACACAGGCACUAUAGACACAGAAAACUAUUCAUCUGAGGACGAAGAGGAGGAUUGUACAUCAGGCUACAUGACCAGAUGAAGAUGUGUAGUGUUUUAUCAUUAAUUUGGACUGUUUUGUGUUUUCAAGGCAGCUUUUAUGUGCAUUUUGCCAAAUAAUGUGCUGGGCUCGCAGCAUGCUGUCCUCUGCUAGAGUGGCUCUGGUUCACAACCUAAAUUACUGAAAUUAUUUUUUUCUCUUGGUUUCUGUCAGGUAGAUUUCCCUGUUUUUGUAUAAUGAUCUGUAAAGCAGGAAUAUAUAGUCUUAGGUUUGUGCCCCAGUUGUAAGUCGCUUUUAAGCUCCCAGGGUCCAGAUUUAUGUUCCUCACAUUCAGAACUACACUCCUUUAGUUUCACUGUAUUUAUAGACUAAUAUGCUUUUAAGGGAGUUUUAAGGGUUUAAAAAAGAAAUUGUAGGUUUGGUCUAAAUAUAAAUUAUCUGAAUCUAAAUAUAGAUGUAAAAUAAUAUAAUAAUGCAGUUUUACUUUUGCAUCUGACUUUUAUACACAUGGUCUUAGAAGACAUUCCUAUUCCUUAAAUAUCUAUAGAUAAACAAGGAUUUGGAGAAUUUGUAGGAAAUUAAACGGUUUCACUGUUUAAUUAAACGGUUUCAAUGUUUAAUUUCUCCUAACAGGGUGGACAAAUCUGCAUGUUUGGUCAUACAGGGCGUCUAGACAAUUCAUAACUCGUCUGGUCAGAUGAUGACUUGUUUGUUUGCACUGCUACACAGCUGGAUGGGCUGAAAACAGCUGCAUGACCUGGCAGUAGCUAAACACAUUCAUUAAGUGCUUAUGUGCUUAUGCCAUGUAACUCCAGUGAAACAUGCAGCUGGUCACUCGACCCUCAGAGGUGCUGUGAUUUAAAUUACUAAUUUAUUUAUAUUUUGGGAAAUGAGUUAAGUUCAUUAGAAAAUAUCACAGGGGAUACGCGCAAAAAUCAUAACUUUAAAAAAACAGACUGACACACAUGCCUGAGUCACGUAAACAUCAUGAUGUCUACAGUGUCCUGGUUUAUUCAGUGGGUGUCGUUAUGGAUCAGAUGUUCCAUUUUACAAUUGUAGUUUGUGGAAUAAGCCUUUAUUCUAGGACCUGUACGUGCAUGAAACAUCAGGAACAACGACAGAGUUACACAGAAAGGGGUAACCAUUUUUUUGCACUUUAUUUUAGUUUGAUUUAAUUGUUUGUGUUUGCUACAUCUCUCUUUAGAUUGUGAUAAUUACAUUAAACCAAUUACAGAAGGAACCAAAGUAGCAACACUGUAGGAUUUCCCUGAUAUGUUUAUCUAAAACUUUAAACCCAAUACAUGAAGUAAUGCAACAAAUUGCUAUAAUCACUCACAGGUGAUUCUCUCUCUCUCUCUCUCUCUCUCUCUCUCUCUCUCUCUCUCUCUUUCUCACACACACACACACACACACACACACAGAGACUUGCCUGUCAGUACAGAACUGUAAACUAGAGCCUACAUGAUCUACCAAAGUCUGAUAUGACAGCAUUUAUCACUCUUUUGAACUGCUUAGACAUACACAGAACACAAACCUGCUAUUCAUAAACUCACAUUUACAGUUUACCUGGUUUGCUUUUCAUGACAGGAUCAGACAAUGCAAACAUGUGAGACUAACUGAUCAGACUGCACAGUAAUGCGUUGUGUCGUGCUGUAAAUAAAAUAAAUGUAAAUUAUUCCUUUUAAUUGUGUUGAGGGAUUUUUUUAUUUAUUUAUUUUUUCCAAAGUCAUGGUGUGGCAGCUGCUAUGUGUAGUCUACACGCAUCUAUAGUUUAACUAUAGACCCUGUAAAUAAUAGUUUAUUUUCAAAUCGUUUGAGUGUGUCACAUUUUUUUUGGCUGAGAGAAAAUUGUCCUCCUUUUGUACUUUUGGUCUGAAUUGAAGCUCAGUAAUGUUGAAUAUGAAUGCUUUUGGAUGUUUUGGAUCUCCUCUAUAGUAUAAACUACCCAUAAAUCAUAUUUCCAGCAGA